CCAUGCAAGAGGCCGGCCACAGCCUGCAAGACGUCGCAACAGGAGUCUCGGUGGCGGCCCUAUGCGGCAUGCUGAUCCGCGUCAUCCUGUCGCCGCUCACGGACUUGCCCAAGUUCAACAUGAGGGUUUUCUUCAUGCUGGGCAGCCUCGUGGUCGCCCUUUCAAUGCUAGCCUUUACGCAAAUAGAGGACGUCCUGUGGCUGACGGUCGUCCUAGCAGUGUGGGGCAUCGGCGAAGGGAUCAUCAUGAGCAUCUACGUUCUAAUCAUGAUCGACUACAUGGGACUGGACGACUUCGUGCCGACGUUUGGGGCGACGAUGCUUGUUGUGUCUAUCGGUUACCUCGUUAUCGGCCCCAUCCCAGGUAAAGGAUGUGCUGCGUGUUGUUCGUGGUGA